AUGGCCAGGCCUUCAAUGGCUUAUGUGUACCCUGGUCCUGCUGGUGUGCUUGCACCGCAAUGGACUCUCAUCGCCAUUGCUGGCUGCAUCCUCAUAGCGCUUUUUCAUCUCCGGAUCAACAUCCAAAAACGGAGGUUACUCACUAGUGACAUCCUAAUGUGUGUAACCUGGUGUUUUGCUGUUAUAACUGCGGCAUUCGACAUUAAACUUGCCCUCCUGGGCGCGCUCGACCACGGCGUGCUUUACACAUUGGAAGGGUACCGAGGCGACCCGGCAAACAUAUUGUUAAUUGUCAAGUUGAGGUGGAGCAGCACCAUCCCUUUCAUCAUAACGUGUUGGUUGUGCAAAGGAACCUUGCUCACAGUAUAUCUGAAAAUCUUUCCAGCAUUCAUGGUCAAGAGGAGGAUCUUGCUCUGGACUACACUCGCUUACAUCAUUCUUUGUCCCAUUGUGAUCUUGAUUGAGAUGUUCCGCAUGUGUAUCCCACUGGAAAAGAACUGGAUGGGCGAUAAAUGUGUUGUCGUGGGGGGGUUGAGAUUACUUCGGAUUAGCUGGGGGUUGCAUUUCGCGGGAGAUCUCAUCGUUUUCGCACUCCCUUGGCUCAUUUUGCCUGACUUGCAGCUCAAAGGUAGUCUGAGGAUGGGUGUCUACUACACUUUUCUUCUUGGGCUGGCGGAUAUCAUCGUGUGUCUCACUCGCUACAUUAUAAUUGAACUUGCUUCUGUCAAAAGCCCACCUUCAAUGAGCCUCCUACGUACAGCACAUCCCACCAUCCUAUACACUGAUGAAUACAUGCCUGACAAUGAUUCAACAGAGCUUUUUGUGGCCUUGGAUUACACACUUAGUCUGAUAAUUGCCUGCCUACCCUCGCUUCGACCAUAUCUUCGAGCUCAGCCACAGACCAGCCACGAUGAAAGCUCGAAUCCCACUCAAUCGACUACUACGAAUAAGACAGAACUUGGUUCUACCUCGGUUGUUGAAAGAGAAUUGAUGCAAGAUAGUUGA